ACCUAAAACGAAAAAGAGUCAUUGAAAAAUAUAGUCCUGAACAAUAUCGUUUGCUAAAAAAUUUUCGGGAAAAAAAAUCUCCAGACAAACGUCUCGCCGAAUAAUUACAUAAGUCCCAAACCCAUAAAUUUUAACUGUUUGCCACUACUUCUAUGCACUACAGAAUUUAUUCAUCGAUACCCAUCUGAAGUAAAAAAAGAAGUGCAGCGAAAAUACUUCUGGGCACUGGGGGUAAAUACCCCUGGUGAAGUGAAGAUAAAGCGCAUGCUCGAAAUCGAUCCUUCAUCCCCCGCCACCCGUAUUUCGUACUGGCAAAUGCAUUUGGCAAAUACCCUGAUCGUAAGUACGACCCCCGGACGACGACACGGAGGCGGCCCAACAACAGUUCAAAAUCACCACAGAGCAAAGCAACAUGGCGCUUGAUUUUGCUGCUACAUAUAAAGUACUUGUGCUGGGGGAUUCCAAUGUGGGAAAGACGUGCAUUGUUCAUCGAUAUUGCGAUGAACGUUACUAUGACACGUAUAUAUCUACCAUUGGCAUUGACUUCAAGCAGAAGAUCAUAAAUCUAGAUGGCACACCAAUCAAAUUGCAAAUUUGGGACACUGCUGGUCAAGAGCGUUUCAGGACCCUGACCACUGCGUACUACCGAGGAGCGAUGGGUAUUCUUCUGAUGUACGAUGUUACUAGUCUCGAAAGCUUCAAUCAUCUAUCCUACUGGCUUCGGAAUAUUCAAGAGAACGCUUCACCAGACGUCGUGAAAGUUCUCGCGGCCAAUAAAUGCGACGCGACGAAUCAUAGAGCCGUAGACACCGAACGAGGUCAGAAAAUAGCCGAUAAUUUCGAUAUGCCCUUUUUCGAAGUCUCCUGCAAGGAGAAUAUCAACAUUGAAGAUGCGUUCCUGACAUUAGCUAGGAGAAUACGUGAACAGAGAGGUCGAAGGGCAAGUUUGUUCGAGGCGGCAGAGAGAGAAGGUGCAGACAGCAUCAUAAAAGCUCAAUCGCCAUCACAACAAGGCGAUGCUUGGAGAUGCUCCUGUUAGCCAGUAACUGGUGAAAUUUUAUAAUUAAUUUUUAUACACAAGGACACGAUUCCUUCAACCGAAAAUGUCGCUGACCAAGUCAAUCCUAUAAUUGGCUAGUCAAAUUUGGUGAUUUCGUUAGGAAUAUCAUUCUAAUUACCCUAGACGUUUGACUAUGAUUUAUCACAAAUUGUUGGCAUACGUGAGUAGAACUGCAGCACAGGUGCAUCUCAGUCACUCGAACUAUAUUAAUUGUUUUGAGUUUCAUAUUAUGAAGGGCCUAACUGCAAUUAUGAUCAGCACAAUCAAUACUCGCGAUAUAUUAUAUGUAAAAAUGAUAAAGAAGUAUGAACUUGAACCAAAGACUUCAUCAAGCGCAUUGUGAUUGACGUCUUGUGAGACUGGGAUAAAUAAUUGAGGACCACGAGUUUGAAGUAGCUUAAUACGUUCGACAAAUUGAAUAUUGAAAAGAAAAUUGUGAGUGGUUCAGGCUCCAAUUGUAUUUAAGAACAAAUGACCCUUAAAGAUGCAUGGCCGAAAGGGUAAAAUGUUUUUAAGAGACAUUUGAUUCUCAACUUUAAAAAUUCUUCAACUUCUAAUCUUUCGAAGGGUCGUUUAAUCUUUGAGGAAGGUUGAACCGUAAAUAAAAAAAAAGACAACAAAUCGCGAGUUGUGCUAAAUGGUUGUAUUUUUUAAACGUGAGGAUUAAAUUGCUGCUUACGACGCUCAACCUCUAAAGAUUUAUAGGUUUAAAUGUCAAUUGAUCUUUAAACCACUUGACCCCCAAUCCUAAAUGUCCUUAAAUAUUUUUUUACCCCUAUGGUUGUUUGACUUUCACCGAAAAUUUAAAAACCCUUAAACCUUGUUGAAUAAUAAUUCUUGGUGUUCGGGAUACGACUGAAUGAAGAAAAAAUAAAACUCUCAGUGUAAUCGAGGGUUUCGCCGCUAAUACUCUCAAUUUUUUAACAAUCCUUAUACUUCUGAAAGUAUUGAGCUACUUCAAACGUCUGUUUCAGCCGAAACAGAUUGAGGGAAAGGGAAUUUAAUAAUAAUUUGAAGCAUAGACUGCCUGCUCCUAAUGCUACGUAUUAUGUACCGAUUAACGGAGCUGACGAUCGUUGCAAACUAAGUGGUAAAAUAGGUUUAUGGAAUGGUCGGUUUAACGCGGUGUCAAUUAACGCACGACUGAUGCUUUAUUAUGGACGAUGCAAUCAUUUCCGUGCGUUUGAGGUGUGGAUAUUUCGAAGGGAAAUUAUCGUGUUGACUACGUUUCGUUAGGGAAGUGGGGAAUCUAGUAGAAGGGUCGAUUUUCUCGUCAUAAUUUAGUAGCUAUAAUUAUUUGAAUAAUGAGAAGGGUUUCAGGGGAAAAUUUUAUAAGAAAUCAUCUGCAGUUUUUUAUGAAGCACUAUUGAUAAAUAUGUUGAAAUUUGCAUUUUUUAUAUGUUAAUGAUUGUUAAAUGUUUCCAUAUUAGUUCUCAAUUCGAUAUUAAAAGGUUUCAAGGGGUAAAUGUUGAAAUAUUUUCGUGGUUCGAGAUUUAAUUCGGCACAUAAAUAUUUUGACAUUAAUUAUAAUCAAUUAUUUUUUUAAUAAAGAAUUUUCAUGGAAUUUAAUUCUUAGCAUUCGGCAACAAAUUUCUAAAUUCAUCACUUCGCUACUGAUAAAUAUUAGAAAAAUGUGUGACCAUGCAGCACAGUUCUGUAUAUUUGAUUUUUCAACUUCGACGGACGAAAAUUGACGUAUUGAUUUGAUCUGUGAAUUUAUUAAAUUUAAGAAUAAAUGUUCCACAAAUCGAGACAGAUGACUCGAGCUGUAGCUAUUCGUCUCUCUGAUUUAUGCUGGCGGAAAAUAAAGCCUUUAUUGUGCCUAUAAACAAAUAUGAAGUUAAAAAGAAGAAAUUGGAGGCAAAAAUUAAUGUUUGUUGCCGCUUUGUACAGGCCAUAAUUUUCCUCCAUUCAAAAGCACUGGAAAAAAACGAAAUAAUAACAGGAAGCGCUCGCUGGUACCAUUGAAAUUGCGUUUUGUAUGUUUAUAACUGAAAAUUUGGAUAGAACUUUAGCAACAUGAUGAUACAUCAUCAUUUUUCGUACAACAUACAACAGCCAGCAACCCGAUGAUGAGAUAAUAGAAAAGUUACAUUCAUUCAUGGGAGAUUAAUUUUUUUUUUGAGAUUUUAUCUACCUGAGGAGUGGUGAGAAAGAACAAGUCAGAAUUAGUAAAGAGUUCAGGACAUUUUCUUUUUUUUGGUGAAGAUCGAGAGAGUCUGACCAUUGUUAAGAGCUCUUCUUAUCAAUGACAAUGACUUAUCGCGUUUAUUGACUUUUAGAUAUUUCUUUUUUUAGACCAAAGUUCGUACAAUGUCUGGUGUAUGGGCCCCAUACUUCAAAAUGAGAUGUUUAAUUUUCUUCACUCAUUGCGCACCAGACAGAGUGUUAAUGAAAAAUUGAUGAGGUUUUGUUUUGUCCAUCUGACGACGUAUCACCACUCCCCUAGUAGAUUUAAAUUAUACAAACGCUGGAACGUUCUGUCUACCUCCUGAAUGACAUUCUUGAGUUCAGUGCUGGUCUCUGAGUGUAAAAAUAAUCAGGAAUGUCAUUUAAUCAACUGUACUACGCACAUUUCGCGAGUAGUAGCCGAGAAAUUAAUUGUGCAAUGAAAUUGUAUGCAUAGUAGUGAAAUUGUAAUUGUAAAUGUACAAAUUCCCAGGAAGUAAGGAAUGUGGAAAGUGGUGAUACCGAGAUGAUUGAGAAUAGGUGAAUUAUGAAGACAUAAAGAGAAUAAAGCGCGUGGAUUCAAUUUCAAUUAAAAACAGAUUUCGGAAACUAUAUUGUUUAUGAAUAUCUUGAGAUAUUCAUAAAGAAAACUCCCUGCUUCUGAUGUGAAAUAUUUCACUCUGCUUGAUCAUAGUUCUCAUACUGAAUUCAUGAAAAUUACAGAUCAGUCAUCGACAAUGCCCCUAUCUGUAGCUUUUUUCAACUGAAUUAAUCGAUAUUGAUGAUCUAGAAAUUUCGACUUGACAUUUUUAGUAUUAAAUAGUUAAUAAGGCUGUAGGAAAGAUUGUAUAACUUGAUGUUCUGAGUCGGCAAUAAAUACAUGCACACUUUUUGCUUCCGAAUGGAAGCUUUGUAAUCUUCGAAUUUUUACAUUUUCUAUUUUCGAUCAGAAAUAAUGUAAAGGCAUUAAACCGGAAAAAUACCGAGUUUGGCGAGCAUGAGUCGAAAGGAACCGAGAAAUUAUUAGAAGAACAUUUGAGGUUUGAAAGGAGUUGACGCCAUGAAUCCGAAAAUGGAUUGUGGCGAUUUCUUAAUCAUUUUAUCGGGAA